AUGUCAGCACCCAACUACCAAGCGUCUAACGACGACACGAUCGUCCCCAACAAGUCUGGCUUUGCCGCCACUAAUGACGGGCACGGCUCUGGCUCUGGCUCGAACGACGACGACCUGCACCGAUACGUCACGGAUGAUGUGCCGCGGAAGGCCAAGAUGGGGAUCGCCGAUGGCGCCGGUGCUCCGCCUAGGCAGGCAAGGGGUGACGGGAUUUUGAUCGUGCAGCCUCUCAAGAAGAACGAUAUGCAGCCGUCGUACGCUCAGGACCUCGGCUCCAACACCAUCGAGCACGGUGUAUACGGGACGAUGAUGAACAGUCUCGGAGCCUGCAUAGGUGCUAUUGGCGCCAUUCCCUGCUGUCCUCUUCCUAGUCCUUUCCGCUCGGUACAACAAGGUUCUGUCGGUCUCAUCAGUCGAUUCGGUCAAUUCUACAAGUCGGUCGACCCGGGACUCGUGCAGGUCAACGUCUGUUCCGAGGAGAUUAAGAUCGUCGACGUCAAGAUCCAGCUUUCGCCCGUCCCUCGCCAGACUGUCCAGACCAAGGAUAACGUCUCGGUCGACGUCGAUAGCGUGAUCUGCUGGCAUGUCAUCUCCCCUUACCGAGCUGCUUUCGGUAUCAACGAUGUCCGUCUUGCCCUGGUCGAGCGUGCUCAGACUACGCUUCGCCAGGUCGUCGGUGGUCGUGUUCUCCAGUCCGUCAUCUCGGACCGUGAGGGGCUCGCACAGGAAGUCGCCGAGAUUAUCGAAGCCACCGCUGAGAAGUGGGGUGUCGCCAUCGAGUCGAUCCUCCUCAAGGACAUCAACUUCUCGAUCGAGCUCCAGCAGUCCCUCUCGUCUGCUGCUACCCAGAAGCGGAUCGGAGAGUCCAAGGUCAUCGCUGCGAGGGCGGAGGUGGAUGCUGCGAAGUUGAUGAGACAGGCUGCUGAUAUCCUCGCCUCUCCUGCCGCGAUGCAGAUCCGUCAGCUCGACGCGCUUCAGAACAUGUCGAGAUCGGCGGCCAGCAAAGUCAUCUUCGUGCCCAUGAACCUCGGAACGAUGGGCGGCUCGAGCGGUCUCGACCCGGUCAUGAACCAGAUCGCGGCCGACGGGAACCACGCCGAGGGCUCCAGCUCGGGCUACCAGGGUAACAACAUGGCGUUGAAUGCGGGGAUGAUCAGUUCGAUGUCUCAGCUCUAA